AUGGUAGCCUCGGUAACAUUCCCUAAAGACACUACCAAACCAGGAUUAGAUACGGCGAAUGCAAAAGACCAGCGUUGUCAUCAAUCAGUACUUAAGCGUGGAUGCUCUUCUAUACCUGAAAAAGGGAGUAUCGGUGACCCCUUAAUGAAGCCCGCCUGCUGUUCCCUUCCAGUUAAAUACCCUCGCAAUAACCAGGCCUCCCCGCCCCUCUUCAAUUACCAGAAUCUGAACGUCUACGUUGUUGGGAAUGUCGGGCAUCCAAGGGCUCAAAUCGUUCGUGUUGUACAUAUUUCCGACACCCGGGGUGUUAGUGAUUACUACGCAAAUGGGUUACCAAAUGGCCAUAUUCUCAUUCACUCGGGUGAUUUUCUAGACGGUCCACCAGUGCGAUGCCGGACGCCGCAUCGCAAGGACCACUUCAGAUGGCUACGCACCGACGGGAAUGUCGCCUCAACUUCUGCUUCUUCUCCUCCCUCCGACGAUUGCGCCUGGAAGACAAAGCUCCAAGCUAUCAACGCGUUUUUCCAGCACCAGCCCCACCCCUACAAAAUCUUCGUUUCCGGCUGUUGGGAUUACCUAGGACCGGAGCGACCUUCAGCGGCCCAAAUCCAAGAAUACCUCCCUUCAGCUAUCUACCUGGAGGAUGCUGGUUGUGAGAUUCUUGGACUCAAAGUCUAUGGGAUUCCGUGGACCUCCGCUGACGAUCUUCGACCUGAGGACGGAAAGUCACACUUCACCUCAUCGACGGGGACAGCAAAAAUGAAAGCCAUGCUGCCUCGGUGGCUGUUCUCCUCCGCGUCCUGGUCCCACCGCAUUCGACAGAAAAAAAGACAACGGUGCCUGUCUUCUUGCACCAGGGUGACAGCAGAGGAAGGCGUAGAGAACAAGAGUUUGGGUGAGAGACAUUGCUGGCCGGCUUACCCGAGUUCCGAUGCAAUAAGUGGCAGUGUGUCUUCAGCCAAUUGUGGAGAACACUGCGACUCCCAAUCGGAGUCCAUUUCCGCUCUGUGUGAUGGUUUUGUCCUGCCGGAUAUCAAAGCGGUUGGCGAGCGCUACGCCCGGGUACCCCCGGAUACUAACAUUAUUGUCUCUCACAUGCCCGCCUGGAGACCUGAGCUCUACACUCACGUGGUCGAACGAAUUCACCUAAAGGUCGCUGGGAGUUGGCUUUCCCACGUAUUCGUUGGUUUGAUGGAUAGCCCGCUUUGGAACCACCCAGCCAAGCAGCCUAAUGAAUGCGGCAGCCUGAUUGGAAGGUUGCUGGUGCUUUCCGAUCCACCAAUCGCACCUCACUACUCUCGAAUUAUGCACGUGCGCGCGCACGCGCGUCCGUGUAAACUUGAUCCCACACGGCAUUCGCCGUUAAUCCUUGAAACUCUCUACUCCAGGCCCUACUUGCACCUCUGUGGCCACGACUUCACCGGGUACGGAGUUACUUGGCGUCGAGGGGUUGUGUUCAGCAACGCAGCAGUCCAACUCACCUCCAGUUAUCCCCGCGUUCUGCCUCAAAGCACCUUUCCUCGUCGACGGAAGGCCUACUCGUCCACCUUCUCCACAGGCUGUCCAUCAGGGGGGGACCUGUUUGCAGGGACGUCGGCGCCCUCGAAGGUUACAGAACACAGCCCGGGCGUGGGGGUUACCACGCUCCCCUCGCGAAUCCCUCAACUCACGUCGUGUGGGGUGCGUCCGAGGCGCUGGCGUCGGCGACUGUCGUGCAUCCUCGGUCGACUCUCGCUUCUCGUCAGUACUCACUCCCUUGCCGAUGAUGGCCCUCCCCACUCCGCAUCGUCGACUUGUCGCCGGGGCGGAGGCAGCAACCGAAUCGACCCAAUCCCCAGUUCCCUGGCUGCUCUGAGCGUAGGCGAAGGUGACUUCGUGGUGGACCCCACACUUAGCAUAUCCGGUGUCACAGGGACUGGCCAUGUGGGUCGUAGGAACCCGCUGGUUUUCGAUGUCUAUGUUGUGAUCGAGGAGGGCGUGAAUGAUCGUGUGAUCCUCCCAGACUACACAAAGUGCGCCAGCCGACGAACCGCAGCCCCAAACCACCGAAAAGCCCACACACUCCGCCGAAACACGACGUGUUCCCUGCAGUAG